AUGAUGAGAGAGAUGCUACGUGCAGAUUAUCCAUCAAUGCUCGGCCUAUUCCUGCUUUUCCUACUGAGCCUCAACGGGAAGGUCAACACGCAAGUCCUGACUGCCAGCCUGCCCUCCUACGCCCCCGUCAGCGUUGAAUGUCCCGCGGAGCAACCGCUUUUGCGGCUCGCGGGCACCCCUUCCGGACGGAAUCAAAGCUUGUCCGAGGCCGAGACCAACUAUCUUAAGGGCCGCAAAUCUGUAAUUAACCCACUUUGGCAGGAUUUUUUUACAAACGGGCCAGGCAAGGGUACCGGCUACCAAUCCACUUCUUUGCUGACCAAAAAUCAGCAACAUUGGCCUGUAUUUGCAAUUGCUCAUUCUGGCGGUGGUCUACGCGCUUCGCUAUACGCUGCGGGGGUCUUGCAAGCGCUUGAUUCAAGGUCCAGCUCUAGCCCCCUCCGGGGUGUUUAUUCAUUGUCAACAUAUAUCACUGGUCUGAGUGGUGGGAGCUGGCUGGUCGCAUCCGCGGCCGCGAACAAUUAUCCGACCGCACCUGAGAUGGUGAGGGACUGGCAGUUGGAGAUAGAUUUGGCAAUUCCCGGAGGCCUCAACCCCCUAAGAAGUGUACAGUUUCUGGACGCGCUCCACGACACUGCCAAGCUCAAACAAGCUGCUGGAUACAAUAUCUCUUUGACUGACCACUGGGGUCGUGCGCUUGGAUAUCAUUUCUUGCCCGGAACAAGUUCUGAAAACUUCUAUACCAAUUCGCCAACUGCUCACGGGGCGGGGAUGCUAUUCUCAAACUUGCGCAACAUGCAAUCAAUGCAAAACCAUCAGGUCCCCCUCCCAAUUAUUGUCAGUAACCACAAGCCCGUGAACGAAGCGGCCGCAAACCCGAGCAACCUGCCCGUCUCCGGAACAACAUACGUCCCGCUCUCCGCCCCGGUCUACGAAUGCUCGCCGUUCGAGUUCGGGAGCUUUGACCCCCAACUGAGCGCUUUCAUUCCCUCAGAAUUCCUCGGCACCAGUCUCGACGCCGGGAAGCCUUUUAUCGCUUCAUCCGUCAUCAAGGCCACUAAAAACGUUAAAAACUCCCGAAAAAACACCUGCGUUCGUGGAUUCGAUCAACUGAGCUUCAUCAUGGGGAGCUCAGCUACAUUGUUCAAUGCCAUAACUGGCUUACCUACCCAAUACACCACAGUUUUGCAGACAAUGGCACGAAAGAUUUCUGGUAGUCUCGACAAAUCCCUGACGGCACGGUACCCGAAUUCGUUCAGAGGAGUAAAUGGCCCCGCUGGCUUUGACCGUUCCCGUACCGACGAGCUUGUGAUUGUCGAUGGUGGUGAAAACGGCGAAAAUAUACCACUCAACCCGCUACUGGCUCCAGUUAGGCAGGUUGAUGUCAUCUUGGCGGCGGAUGCGUCCAGGGACUCGGAUUCAAGUGGCGUCAACGGGGAUGGCUGGCCUAACGGAAGUAGCAUGAUCAACACUUUCCUACGAGUAACCAAGGUCUUGCCGGCUGGCACAGCUAACUUUCCACCUGUCCCGUUGAAUCCUCAAGUCUGGGAGAAAAAGGGAUUGACAUCUCGUCCCGCAUUCUUCGGCUGUGAGGCACCAACUAAGCAAGGUAAUGGUGGAUAUCCCUUGGUGAUUUACUUGCCAAAUAGCCCCACCCGAUCACCUCCAUUCACCAAUUACUCAACCUUCAAGCUACAAUAUUCGAAGAAGGAGACCAGCUCGUUCCUGACCUCAGUCAUGGAGUCGACGACCAAGCCGAGGAUCAGCAUCAGCCGCGGUGACGCCGACUGGCCCACAUGUUUAUCCUGCGCAUUGAUAGAUCGAACCCGAAAUCGGCAAGGCGUGCCUCGAUCCGACCCGUGUUCAAACUGCUUUAAACGGUACUGCUUUAGUUAA